AUGCCCAUCUACCGCAGCCACCCCAUCGACGAUUUCCUAUCCUCCUCUCAGAGCUCUGCUGGUACUGUUGGCGGUAGCGGGUCCGACGCCGAGCACAAUUUCAGCAACUAUCAUAAGUUUAAGUUAAAGUUUGGUACUGGGCGUAGUUCCAUGCGGUUGAAGACCGAAUCAGCGUCUAUCGCUGUUGAUAGAAGUAACCAUGUCCACAACUACAAUACCCGUUUUCAGCCGAGUCCCCGUACCAAAAACGAGCAUCCAACCGUAAUGACGCACCCAGACCUAAGGUCAAGUCGGUGUUACUGCCCAGAAGGAAUCCUCGGUUUCCCAACAGCAACUAAGGCUACAAGAAAGCUGGUGCGCGAGCCCAUCUUCGACAGUGAGUUCGAGGACUUUCGGGACAGGGUCCGAGAGCGUGUGCAGUCCCUCAAUUUCCACGAGGUGGCUGAUCGUGAACGGUUGUAUGACGAGCUCGCGGGAGUCUAUCCCUCUCUUCGCACUAUUGACGAUGAUAGCCAGCAGACUCUCCUCCAGGAGCAGGCUGUGGCACGGGGUGAUCGGGUUAUUUAUGGGGUCGAGUUUCAUCCUGAACUGGCUCCUAUCGAUGCCGCGUACCGGUCGAUUGCCAAGGCGAUGAGAGUUACAAACUCUGCCAAGUCUACUGCUGGUUUCUAA